AUGCAUAGUUCACAGUUCGGAGAACAUGUCGCUGGGUUUGCUAAUGACGGUCAUAUACCAACUAUUGUUAACUACUGCCAGCAUACUGAUGCCAAUGACCUUAAUCCCUGGUGGCAAGUUGAUUUACAAUCUACAUAUAACAUUACCAGUGUUACCAUUGCUAACAGAUUCGACGAUAAGCCAGCCGUUGGACACCGAUUGUCAGACACGAGUAUCUUAGUCUAUAACAGCACGCCAUCAGUAUUAACAGAAUUUACCUUGUGUAAAUUUAUACCCGGGGUAUUUGGUUGUACAAUCAGAACCUUUGAAUGUGAUGGAGUAGCUAUUGGUCGAUGGGUUCGGAUUACAAAACCUACCGAAUAUUUAGUGCUCUGUGAAGUAGAAGUGACGGGUACAGAGAUAUGAAGGUGUGCGUGGGUCAGGGU